AUGUCUCAAGUUAACGAUUCUCGUCAGAAGCGCAAAGAAGAAGGUCGUCUAAAGAAACGACAAAAAAUUGAGGAAGCUGGUGGAGUUCGACCUCGAAAAGAAGAGCAAAAUGACAAUGGUAGCAGCAACAAAGAACAUCAUUCUGACAAGAGUCGAACAUUCCAGAAGCGCCCAAAGUCUUAUGCUCCAACAGCUCAUCGAUUUGGACGUGUGAUGGAAAACGUACCAUGCCGAAAGAAACCUCGCUUCUCGACUCUGAGCAUUGCACUUCCAGGGUCGGUCUUGACAAACUGUCAGACAAAGGAACUCCGAACCCUCAUGGUGGGACAAAUCGCUCGUGCAGCCACUAUUUACCAUGUCGAUGAAAUCAUUGUUUUCGACGACAAACUUGGAAGAAAAAUGAAUGAGAAUUCUGGAUGGCGGCGACAGCGUGAUAUGCAAAAGAAACGAGAAAGGAAAGAUGACGAGAAUCAGGAGGAUAAUAACGAACACAAAGAACACAAAGGACACAAGGAGCAACCUGAGGGCGAACGUAGGCCACGAUCCAACCCCCAAGAGUUCAUGGCUCGUCUGUUGCAAUAUUGUGAAUGUCCUCAAUAUCUGCGAAGACACUUCUUCCCAAUGCACCCCGAUUUGCAAUUUGCAGGCCUGUUGGCACCCACGGAUGCACCACAUCAUGUUCGAGUAGAAGAUCACAGCCAGUUUCGUGAGGGUGUCGUGUUGGAGAAACGACCAACCAACCCUUCUGCUUCACUUGUGAAUUGUGGAAUUAGAAGUCGGCCCGUUCAAAUCGACCGCCGAAUAGCGCCAGGGAUCCGAUGCACAGUCAAGUUGGAUCCAAAAUCCUAUGGCAGGCCCGGAGUCAUCCAUGGGACUGUCGUAUCGCCUUCGGCACCAAGAGAGAACGAUGGUACUUACUGGGGAUACACAACUAGAAUGGCUAGCUCCAUUAAUGCUGUGUUCGAUGAGUGCCCGUUUGAAGGAGGAUAUGACUUGAAGAUUGGAACUAGCGAACGUGGUGACAAAUCUACCGAAGACAAGAACUUCCAAGUUCCAAAGUACGAACACUCGUUGAUUGUCUUUGGUGGUGUUGCAGGAAUCGAAGAGUGCGUUGACGCGGAUGAAUCGAUUAAGCUACCUGGAUCGCAGAGCAAAAAUCUCUUUGACAUUUGGCUCAAUACAUGCCCAUAUCAAGGAAGUAGGACCAUUCGUACGGAAGAAGCUGUCCUUAUUAGUCUUGCCAACCUCAGCGUCCCGCUAGCCAAGUCAUCGCGUAGUGCUGAGGUUGUUGAAGAAGAAACUCCGGAAAUUGAGUUCAGCGACAAUGGAGUAUCAGAAGAAAGCAGCUCCGAAGAAGAAGAAGAAAGUGACAACGAAGGCAGCAGUUGA